CCCCAAGGCCGCUUCUUGGAUCACUACGCAGCCCUUGCACGAGUCCAAUAAAGUGGCUUUGUGUGUUGAUGGGCUCGCCGUCGAUUUCGUGGAAAUGGUCUUACCGUACGUUAGGAGUAGGACUGGGAGUGGAUGUUGAACUUGCUCCUGCAAAUUGAGAUUAGGACUAAGAAGUCGACUUCUUCAACGACACAACGGGUCUGAUUUGCUUGGGUAGGAUCCGAACGGCAAGUGUGCAACCCGAGCAGAGCAGAGCCGACCCGAGCUUAGCUUGUCCAGUCAUAUACUCUACGAAGGUAGGAUCUUUGAAUCAAUUGCUACUGAAUGGAGGGAGGAGGAAGCGCAAAGCUUAAGAUUGCGAUCGUACACCCCGAUCUUGGAAUAGGUGGGGCAGAGAGAUUAAUUGUUGAUGCCGCUGUUGAACUUGCAUCUCAUGGACACAAUGUUCAUAUUUUUACAUCUCACCAUGAUAAAAGCCGAUGUUUUGAGGAAACACUUUCUGGUAUCUUUCCCGUGACAGUUUAUGGUGCUUUCCUGCCUCGACACAUAUUCUAUCGUCUUCAUGCUGUAUGUGCAUAUAUACGAUGCAUCUUUGUUGCUAUCUGUUUGCUGUUUAUGUGGCCAUCAUUUGAUGUUAUACUAGCGGAUCAGGUCUCUGUUGUCAUCCCAUUGUUGAAACUUAGAAAGUCAUCAAAGGUGGUAUUUUACUGUCAUUUUCCGGAUCUGCUUCUAGCAAAACAUACGACGGUUCUCAGGAAGUUGUACCGGAGGCCCAUUGACUUUAUAGAAGAACUAACAACUGGAAUGGCAGAUAUGAUACUUGUUAAUAGCAAAUUUACUGCAUCUACAUUUGCGAAUACAUUCAAACACCUUCAUGCACGGGGAAUUAGACCAGCUGUUCUUUAUCCUGCUGUCAAUGUGGAUCAGUUUAAUGAACCUCAUUCUUACAAGUUAAAUUUUCUCUCAAUCAAUCGCUUUGAAUGGAAAAAGAACAUAGAUUUGGCAGUUUCAGCAUUUUCUAUUCUUCAGAAACUUGAGAAAGAUGUCCAUCAAAUGCAUAACUUGGCUGAUGCUACCUUGACAAUUGCAGGAGGUUAUGAUAAGCGGUUAAGAGAAAAUGUUGAGUACUUGGAGGAACUUAGGAGCUUAGCAGAAAGUGAAGGUGUAUCUGAUCGCAUUAAAUUCAUUACAUCCUGCUCAACAGCUGAAAGAAACGCACUUCUCUCCCAGUGUUUAUGUGUCCUCUAUACACCAAAGGAUGAGCACUUUGGUAUUGUUCCGCUGGAGGCUAUGGCGGCUUACAAACCUGUUAUUGCAUGCAACAGUGGUGGCCCUGUUGAAACAGUCAAAGAUGGUGUCACAGGAUUUUUAUGCGACCCUACUCCACAUGAGUUCUGUUUAGCUAUGGCUAAAAUCCUUCAGGAUCCUGAAAUGGCAAAAAGUAUGGGUGGAUUGGCCCGGCAGCACGUCGCAGACACAUUUUCCACAAAGACUUUCGGCCAGCAUUUGAAUCGAUUUCUUGUUGACGUUGUGAGGAGUAAGCGGGACUGACACUGGAGAAGACAACAGUGAAACUGAUGACCGAAUUGGGUUUGUGGCCUUGCAAGAGAUGAUAGGAAGAGACAGUUGUUCACUGGAAAGGGUCGUCUAGUAAAGAAUAGAGGGUUAACUUGGACAAUUAUGCUCAAUCCAGAGGUUGUAGUUCUAACUCCAGAAGGAGGUUAAUCUACUUGACACUGGUUCUACUCUUUUUUUUAUUAUUAUUAUUUACUAUAGUUAAACCUUCUAGUUGUUGAAAUUUUCAAAUUAUUCUCUGUGAACAACAAAAUGUAAAAAUGAAAAAUCGAAUUUGCUAAAUGGAGUGCAGUUGAUUGCUCGAU